AUGCGAACGCUUGAUGCUUUUCUCCGCCUGGGUCAGGACUACAACUUUGACGAAGACUGUAUCCAUGAAAUGACCCAGGUUAACAACGGGCAAGCGGAUUUGGAAUAUUGUCACAAGUUGGGCCGCGAGGCGAGGGCUUAUGUCGAGUUUGUUGAGAACCACGGGGUCAAAGUUGUGAAGCAUGAGGAGAAGAAUAUAAAAUAUCCUCCAGCUACGUCUGUCUUGAGAUCGCUGACGUUUGGUCGACUGGCGGGCACUACCCUUGCUAACAAGCUAUCGGGCCCUAAGGACAGGCCAGUGCACUAA